UGAAAGUCAUAGAGAUCGAGUAAUAUUUCGUAUGGAGAAGGGUAGUUGCAGUAUGGGAGUGAAGAAGAUGGGUUUGAUGCUUGCUUUCCUUGGGUUUUUGUUUUUCGAUGGGCUGCUGCUUUGCUCGGCUUACAACGUCCACCAUUAUAGCUUUAUUCUGAAGGAGACGAAUUUUACAAGGCUGUGUACCGAAAAGAGCAUGUUUACAGCAGAUGGCAAAUGGCCUGGCCCAACGAUUCAUGUUCGCAAAGGCGAUACGGCAUUUAUCAAUGUUCACAAUGAUGGAGAUUAUGGUGUCACUAUUCACUGGCACGGAGUGAGGCAACCGAGGAAUCCAUGGUCUGAUGGUCCUGAGAACAUCACACAGUGCCCCAUUAAACCAGGAACAAACUUCACUUAUGAGGUUAUAUUUUCUACGGAAGAAGGAACUCUGUGGUGGCAUGCCCAUAGCGACUGGUCGCGUGCCACAAUCCAUGGUGCCAUUGUAAUCUUGCCGAAACUCGGAACCACUUAUCCAUUUCCAGAGCCCUACGCCGAGCAAGUGCUUAUACUUGCGGAAUGGUUCAAUGGAGAUGUCAAGGAAUUAAUCGACGACGCCACGGAAACCGGUGGCGAUCCAACCCCAUCAGAUGCAUACGCCAUCAAUGGCCAACCGGGAUUUCCAAAUAAUUGCUCUAAUGAUACAAGUUUUCGUUUAUCAGUCCAGCCCGGCAAGACAUAUCUUCUCCGCUUAAUAAAUGCUGUAAUGAAUGAAGAGAUGUUCUUCGGAAUCGCAAAACACAACAUCACAGUUGUAGCGCAAGAUGGGGCAUACAUAAAGCCGAUAAGCACAAGUUACAUCAUGAUAACCCCAGGACAAACGAUGGACAUCUUGCUUACAGCAAACCAGGCAGCCAGUUACUACUACAUAGCUGCUACUCCUUUCUUUGAUUCCGGUGCUCCAUUCGACAGUUCUAACACUUCAGCCAUUCUUGAGUACACAGGCACUUAUACUCCUCCAAUCUCUCCUCCCUAUCCGACCCUUCCUAAUGCAACCGAUAAGGACGCUGCUGACAACUUCACAACUCGCAUUAGGUCCUUGGCAAGCCCUGAGCACCCGGUUGAUAUCCCCCAAACAAUCACCAAAAGAAUUACCAUAACUGUUUCUGUAAACCAGAUACUUUGCGCUAAUGCAUCGUGUGGCGGUCCAGAUGGCAACAGGCUUGCUGCAAGCUUGAACAACAUAAGUUUCAGCACCCCAUCCAUUGAUUUUCUUCAAGCAUACUACGGGAACUUGUCGAGCGUUUUCGACAGAGAUUUCCCGGAUAGGCCACCGUAUGUUUUUAACUUCACAGGAGAUGUGGGUAAUAAUACAUUAUACCCAAGCGUGGGAAGGAAGGCCCAUCUCAUAAAGUAUGGGGAAUCAGUGGAAAUAGUGUUCCAAGGGACGAAUAUAGGGAAUGCGGAGAACCAUCCAAUGCAUCUUCAUGGUUUUAGCUUCUACUUGGUUGGGACGGGUUAUGGCAAUUUCGACAACGUGACUUCCCCAAAAACUUUCAAUUUGAAAGAUCCACCGGAAGUUAACACCAUCGGAGUUCCUAAGAAUGGAUGGGCUGUAAUUAGAUUCGUCGCCGAUAAUCCUGGGGUUUGGUUUAUGCACUGCCAUUUGGAACGGCAUGCGAGUUGGGGUAUGGACACAGUUCUCAUUGUGGAGAAUGGGCCCACCAAUGAAACCAGCAUUCGGCCACCCCCGCCUAAUUUGCCUACUUGUUCUUAGUUCUGAAAUGCUUGUGCUUCAGCGUUCAAUAUUGUGUACGAUGUCAAUGCAUAGAACGUCAUUUAAAUUGUCGUUUGUGUAAGAGAUUUGUAUUUUCGAUGUUUUGAACUGUCGUUUAGGAUUCUUUUGAAUUUUUUGUUUCCUCUGUUGUUGUUGUUCUUUUUUUUUUUUUUUUUUUCACCCCCCUUUUGAGCCUUGAUUCUUAGAUACUUCUGAAUAAAACGACUUUGGAAAUCCUCUA